UGAUUUGUUAUCUUGUUUUGUUAAUAAUUCAAUAAAAUUUAAAUAUUUUAAUUCAAAUGAGCCACUUUAACCUAGUAUCUAUCACAACAAGUUCUUUUUAAAACGUUAGACAGUUGUCAUCCGACUGUCCGACAUAUUUGCUAAGUAUUAAUUUUCUAUUGAAAAAGCCACCAGUUGCAAUUGCUCGGUUGGAUUGUCUAUUAUACGCUCCAUCUCUAAUUAUUUAUAUAAAAUUUUCAAUUUUCCAAUAAUCUGUUGAUCCAUUAAAAACAUAUAGUUUAAAAAUGAUCUUAUCCGCGAUCCCAAAACACCUGUUACGUUUUGGACAUUGGGGUAAUCAACAAUCGUUAAGGGUGAUUGUUAGUUACUCAACACAAGUCACUCAAUCAAAAAAGAUAUUCGCUAGCGCCGAUGAAGCCAUUGCUGAUAUUCCAGAUGGAAAAACUAUUCUGUUCGGAGGUUUUGGAAUUUGUGGUAUUCCAGAAAAGCUGAUUGAUGCUAUGAAGAAGAAGAAUGUGAAAAACAUAACUGCUGUUUCGAAUAAUGGAGGAGUUGAUAACACCGGUCUUGGUGUUCUAAUUAGAAAUAAACAACUGGCAAAAUUUAUUGCUUCGUAUGUUGGGGAAAAUGAAGAGUUGAUACGUCAAUUCCUCCAAGGUGAAGUUGCUAUAGAGUUGACUCCACAAGGAACUAUAGCCGAAAAAAUACGUGCUGGUGGUGCUGGUAUCCCAGCUUUUUAUACACACACUGGAUAUGCUACACUGAUUCAGAAAGGUGGUGCUCCCAUAAAAUACGGCAAAGAUGGUAAAGUAGAGAUUUAUAGUAAUCCUAAACCAGUGGCUUCAUUCAAAGGCAAGAAUUAUGUCUUGGAAGAAUCGAUUUUUGCUGAUUAUGCUUUGGUUAAGGCUCAAAAAGCAGAUCCAUAUGGAAAUAUUGUUUUCAACAAGGCUGCAAGAAACUUCAACGCACCAAUGUGCAAAGGUGCCAAAUGUACGAUUGUAGAAGUCGAAGAAAUUGUACCUGUUGGUGCUAUUAAACCUGAUGAGGUUCAUGUUCCUGGUAUUUAUGUACAACGAAUUGUCAAAGGUACAAACUACAACAAGCGUGUUGAAAAGCUUAAAAUUCGAAAAGAAAAUGACGAAUCUAACGAGAAGAUUAGCCCAGCUCAGUUAAUACGAGAGCGUAUUGCAAAACGUGUAGCAAUGGAGUUUACCGAUGGAAUGUACGCUAAUUUAGGAAUUGGUAUUCCUGUACUUGCAUCAAACUAUAUUCCCGAUGGAAUCAAUGUAAUGUUACAAUCAGAAAAUGGUGUUCUUGGUCUGGGUCCAUUCCCAACAAAAGAUGAAGUUGAUCCUGAUUUGAUUAAUGCUGGCAAAGAGAGUGUUACCAUAUUGCCAGGUGCUUCAUUCUUUAGUUCAGAUGAAAGUUUUGCUAUGAUUCGUGGGGGACAUGUAAGCUUGACGAUUUUAGGAGCUAUGGAAGUUUCAGCUACUGGUGAUUUAGCCAACUGGAUGAUUCCGGGAAAACUAGUAAAAGGUAUGGGAGGUGCUAUGGAUUUGGUUGCUGCACCAACUAAAGUGAUUGUUACAAUGGAACACAAUACGAAAAAUGGAUCACCUAAAAUCUUGCAAGAAUGUUCUUUACCAUUAACGGGACAACAUGUUGUCGACUUGAUUAUAUCUGAAAAGGCUGUAUUUGAAGUUGAAAAAGGAGUCGGGCUCACAUUGAUAGAAGUUGCUGAAGGUUUGACCGUUGAUGAUGUUAUUGCAUCAACAGGAGCGAAAUUCAAGGUCUCACCUAAUGUUAAGAAAAUGGGUCAGAUUGAUGAAGCAUGUUAGCAAGGAACAAAGGACUUAAAUGAUAUAACAAAGCUCCUAGGUUGAAUUUAUAUUUUACUUAAUUUUUUCUCUAUUACUAAUUCAGGGUAAGGAAGUGUUAACUGUACUGUAAAAUGUUUAAAGUGAUCAAAUGCAUUUAUUUUGUUAAAAAAA